AUGCGUGCUUUUAUCGUCUUAUGUUUGGUAGCUGUGGCUUGCGCCGACAAAUUGGGAUACAACUAUCAACCCGUUGGUCAUUCUGACAGUGGAUUGUCUUUCGGUCCUGGAUCUGGCAGCAUCGGUGGUGGCUUAGGAGGACUUGGCAGCGGUUUAGGUGGUGGUAGCCUCGGUGGUGGUUUAGGCGGUCUUGGAGGUGGCAGCCUCGGUGGUCUCGGUGGUGGUUUCGGUGGUCUCGGUGGUGGCAGCCUCGGCGGUGGUAACCUCGGUGGUGGUUUCGGUGGUCUCAGCGGUGGCAAUGAUGGUGCUUCUUAUGAAGGUCCAUCAUACACUGCUCCCGCUGAAUUGGAAAAGGAAUUCUACACUUUCUCUGCCCCCGAAGGUGAAUUCGAUGAUGCCAACGCCGCCCAAAAGAUUGCCGGUAGUGUGAAACAAGGUCUCCGUGUUGUCUUCAUCAAGGGACCCGAAAACAAGGGACUCGAAGAUGCUGCCCUCGCUUUGGCCAAACAAGCUGCCGAUCAAAAAACUGCCAUCUAUGUCCUCAACAAGCAAGCCGAUAUUGGAGAUUUGGCCAACAGACUCAAUGCCCUCAACAAGAACAGCAACAACAAGCCCGAAGUACACUUUGUCAAAUACCGUACCCCUGAAGAUGCCGCCAACGCUCAAAAAGCCAUCCAAGGCCAAUACGAUGCUUUGGGCGGACCUUCUCAAUCUCACAAUGGUGGUGUUGCUCCCGUUCUUAACUUCGCUUCUCAAGCUCCCGUCCACUCUGCUCCUGCUGCUCAUGCUCCCGGCAACGCUUACUUGCCUUCUUCAGUCUUCCGUCGUUUCUAAAUAGUAAACUGACUAUUUGUCUAACUAUAGAUAGUUAAUGUUACUUUAGGACUGAUAUAUUUGUUAAGUUUUUGUUUUGUUGAAUAAUGAUUAAUUACACACGAAUAAACCAAAUUUUAUUUUAAAAAAUUAUAAAAAAAAAA